AUGUCGGCGCUCGACGAUGCUAGUGCCCCUGAAAAGCCCACGCCAGAGACAGAGGACAAAGAUCAAGAGACACAGCUAGAGGCAGAGGAAGUUGAGCAAGAGGACGAGAAUCUUCAGGAACAAGCGACAGAAGAGCGACAGACAGAGAAUCCAGAAGAGCAGGGCGAAGCCAAGGCCAGGGUCGAGCCAAAGAAGGAGACGAAGGAAGAGAAGAGCACAAAGGCUGAGAAGAGCAAGAAGGAGGAGAAGAGCGCAAAGGAGGAUAAGAACACAAAGGACGACAAGAACAAGAAGGACGAGAAGAGCAAGAAAGACGAGUUUUGUGAGCGUUGCUUCGAGAGAGACGAUAAGAACACAAAGGAAGAGAAGAGCAAGAAAGACGAGAAGAGCAAGAAAGACGAGAAGAGCAAGAAGGAAGAGAAGAGCAAGAAGGAGGAGAAGAGCCCAAAGGAUGAUAAGAACACAAAGGAAGAGAAGAGCAAGAAGGAGGAGAAGAGCAAGCAGGAUGAGAAGAGCAAGAAGGACGAGAAGAGCAAGAAGGAAGAGAAGAGCAAGAAGGAAACUAAAGACAAGGAUGAUGAUAAGAAGGAUAAGAAAAAGAAGAUCAACAGAGGGGAGUGGCUCAAGAGCUUCAAAGUUGAGAGUGACGAGGAAGAGGAUGAGAAGAAGAAGAAAAACAAGAGCAGGAAGGAAAAGAAGAAAGGGUCCAAGUCCGAGUCUGACAAGUCAAAGAGUGAUGGCGAGGCCUUUGUUAGCCUGCGUUGA